AUGGAUACACUACUGAUGAUAUUGAAUUCUACUGGAAUGGAGGAGAGUCGGCAGUAACGGGAGUUAAUAACAUUGAGCUCCCACAAUUUUCUAUUGUUGAUUACAAGAUGGUAUCAAAGAGAGUGGAAUUUACAACAGGAGCAUAUCCUCGAUUAUCACUUAGCUUCCGGCUUAAAAGAAACAUUGGAUACUUCAUUUUGCAAACCUAUAUGCCUUCCACGCUGAUCACAAUUCUGUCGUGGGUAUCUUUUUGGAUCAAUUACGAUGCCUCUGCAGCCAGAGUUGCCCUAGGAAUCACAACGGUGCUGACCAUGACCACCAUCAGUACCCACCUCAGGGAGACCUUGCCAAAGAUUCCCUAUGUCAAGGCAAUAGAUAUUUACCUGAUGGGAUGCUUUGUGUUUGUGUUCCUGGCCUUGCUGGAAUAUGCCUUUGUAAACUACAUAUUCUUUGGGAAAGGACCCCAACGUCAAAAAAAGGCAGCAGGCAGGGCAGGACAUGGUACAGGCGAGAAGAGCAGACCGGAAUCAAAUAGAGUCCAGGUUGAUCCCCAUGGAAACAUGCUGCUUAGCCCGCUUGAAAUACGAAAUGACGUCAGCAGCUCAGACGUGUUCACGAGCUUCCGUGACCCCCGAGCCACCACGUACAGGUACGACAGUGCCAACCUGCAGUACAGAAGAGCCACUUCCAGCAGAGACCUCUGCAGUAGGAGUGCUCUGGACAGGCACAGGCUUCAUAAAAAAGGACGCUUACAAAGAAGGGCAUCCCAGAUCAAAGUCAAAAUCCCUGAUUUGACUGAUGUUAACUUGAUAGACAAGUGGUCCAGAAUGGUGUUUCCCAUCACGUUUAUUCUUUUCAAUGUUGUUUACUGGCUGUAUUAUGUCCACUAA